GAAACUCUUUGAAUCCUGCUUCGCUUUCCCUGGGCUGGGCAGCCUGGGAACAACUUUACGGGCAACAGAGCAUGUGACCGAUAGGGCCAAACUGACCCAGCCAGGGUGCUGGGAAACGGGGUUCAGGAAGAGUCCCUGGGUGUCCGCUGAGGAGCCUGGGGACGGGGUUCAGAACAGUGUGGAGCCCCUCGGCUCCCUGCCCUCAGUGUGGGCUCACCACACGCUUCUCCCUUGCAUGAGGAGUUGCUGGAUGUGGAGUCUUGGUCGUCCAUACCGCUAGGAUGGAGAGAGCCGAGGCUAUCACCCUCUUCUGGAGCCGGGGAGCUGCAGCUAACUCGGGUCGGGAAAAUGCGACAGCGACUGCCCACUCGAGGUCGUCAUGGCGACAGCCAGUGAACGUGUUCCUCUCCUCGGGCAGGCCCCCGAGUGUAGAGGAGCUGCUUCGCGAGGCGCAGCUCAAUCUCCAGAGCCUGUUGCAAGAAGAAUAUGAGGAACAGUACUCGGAGGCCAGACUUCUGGGGCAGACCUUCCGCUCUGCUGAUGAGGCCCCUGAGCCCACUCCCAGCCCAAGGCCCCAGUCUGCCAGGCGUCUGGAGUUUGUACUGAUGCCCACAAAAUGGCAGCUGAGCGAGGAUGAGACUACCAUGCAGGGUGUGAGGGCCCCUGAGGCCUCCCUGAGCCUGCCUACCACAGCCGACAAGCAAGCUGCCUGGAAUAGUCCCUUCCCUCUGCCCGUCCUAGAGGAGAAGCGAUGGCUUCAGCCUUGUCCCACGCACUCUGACAUCGUGCCCAUCAAUGUCUCCGGGCAGCAGUUUGAUAAACAUGCAAGUUUGCGACACUCGUUGUUUAACACAGAGACAGCCGUGAACCCCAAGUCCACCCUGAGGCGGAGGCGGACCAUUAUUGGAUUCUCUAACUAUUCCCAGCGAGACCAAGGUCACAGCAACAGCCCCACAGGCAGUGUGGCCUGCUCUACCACCUCAGACAUCAAGCCCAGCCAUUCAGUUCCGGGAGGUGUUCACGGAAGAGUUGCCAUCAGUCAGGAAGCUCAGUUACCAAAUCUCACCUCGCCAGUAUUGAGAAAUCCUUCUAGUGAUCCGGAAGAACCUCUCCAGGCACGUGGUGGCACAAAAGUCCCUGGCAUGGAGAGCAUGGGCAUGGUGUACAGUGUCCCCAGUUCUUGCAAUGGACCAACAGAAUCAACGUUCUCCCCUUCCUGGAAGGGAGAUGCUUUUACCUACGUGACUCCAAGUGCCACUGCUCAGAGCAGUCAAGACAAUGAAAAUGGAAAAAGUCCUUCCUCUGGGAAUUCUUGGAUCUCUCUGCACACAUUGCCACCUCUGGUUCCUAAGGAGGCUGCUACCUUCUUUGUCACUCGUGAUACCCCAGCAGGAUGCAGUGGGUCUGCUGGCUACUCUGAGCAUUCUACUCAACGAAGGCACGUAUCAGAACGACCCUCCAAGACUGGCCUCCUGACUGGUGAUACCUCAAGGCUGGAGACAGGCCCAGGUGGGGCCAGCAGGUUCCGGGAGCGGUCACUGUCUGUACCCACAGACACAGGCACCACGGAUGUGGACUAUGACGAGGAGCAGAAGGCCAGUGAAGCCUGUGCCCUGCCUUAUGCCAGUACAAGUUCUGAGGGCAGUAACAGUGCCGACAACAUUGCCUCCCUUAGCGCCCAACAGGAGGCCCAGCAAAGAAGGCAGAGGUCCAAGAGCAUCUCACUCAAGAAGGCCAAGAAGAAGCCUUCCCCACCGACUCGCAGUGUCUCACUGGUUAAAGAUGAACCAGUCCUCUUGCCAGACGGUGGGUCAGCACUACCCAAGGACCAGAGGCCCAGGAGCCUUUGCCUCUCCUUGGAACACCAAGGACAUCACUCAUCCCACCCAGAUACUCAGGGUCACCCAGCUGUGCCAACCUUCAAAGACCCAGAAGGUACACAAUUCGCCCACCACUGGUAUCUUACUGACUGGAAGUCUGGUGACACCUACCAAUCCUUGUCCAGCUCCAGCACUGCCACUGGCACCACAGUCAUUGAGUGCACCCAAGUUCAGGGCAGCUCAGAGUCUCUUACCUCCCCUUCCACCUCCAGAGCCACAACGCCUUCCCAGCUUUCCAUCGAGGUGGAGGCCAGGGAGGUAUCCUCCCCAGGAAGGCCCACUGGGCUGAUGUCACCCUCCAGUGGAUACUCCAGCCAGUCAGAGACACCAACACCCACUGUCUCCAUGUCCUUGACCCUGGGCCACUUGCCCCCUCCAAGUGGCAGUGUCCGGGUGCGUCCAGUGGUACCUGAGAGGAAGUCAUCACUACCCCCAACAUCACCAGUGGAGAAAAUGUCCAAGUCACGGCUAUCGUUUGACCUACCGUUGACCUCUUCAACCAACCUGGACCUGUCUGGGAUGAGUAUCUCCAUCCGAAGCAAAACCAAGGUGAGCCGGCAUCACUCGGAUACAAAUUUUGGGGCCAAGCUGGCCCAGAAAACUAGCCCCAACCAGCCAAUCAUGCCCAUGGUUACUCAGUCUGACUUACGUUCUGUUCGCCUGAGGUCAGUCAGCAAGUCUGAACCGGAAGAUGAUAUUGAGAGCCCUGACUAUGCUGAGGAGUCAGGAGCUGAGGUCUUCACCUUGCCAGAGAGAAAGGCAAAACCUCCCAUAGCCGAGAAGCCCCCACUGGCCCGAAGGCCUCCAAGCUUGGUCCACAAGCCACCGUCUGUCCCCGAGGAGUACCCACUAACUUCGCCUACCUUGGCUAUGACCCCCAAGACCUCAAUUCAACAUAUGAGGCCACUCCCUCAAGAUAUAUACACGGUGGUGCGGAAACCAAAGUCCUCCAGCUUCCCUGAGGGCAGAACCCUGGGGGAGUCAACAGCACCCUCAUCUCUUGUUUUCACGCCUUUUUCCAGUUCCUCUGGUGCUUUCUUCUCAGGAACACAGCAACCUCCCCAGGGAAGUACGGAGUAUGAGGGCCCCAAGGGGAGAGCCCUACCUGAAAGAAUUAGCCUCCAGAGCCAAGAAGAAGCUGAGAAAAAGAAAGGCAAGAUUCCACCUCCUGUACCAAAAAAGCCCAGCGUGCUGUACCUGCCUCUCACCUCACCUGCAACUCAAAUGGAGGCCUACACGGCUGAACCAAGGCUGCCUCUCAGCCCCAUCAUCACCCUGGAGGAAGAUGCCAAGUGUCUACCAACUAGCGACCACCUGCCAUCGGCGGGUACAAGGACAACCUCCACGCCACAGGCUGACAGUGAAAGGGAGGCAAGCCCUCUGGGUUAG